CUGUUUGUUUUCAGGAUCGUCUGACAUUCAGGAGGAUCAUUGUAAAGAACAACGCGUUGAAGAGGAGACUUUAUGAGGAGUUCAUUGAAUCACUUCCAUUCCUUACAUCAUUAGAGGUAUAGGUCUAUUGUGUUUCUGUCUUUACCAGUAGAAUAUGUUUUUGUGAACGCAAAAGUGUAUUUUUCUACAUUAGUACGAACACAUCCCUGCAAUCCAAACUGUGUGUGCCGUGUUAUUCCCAGUUUUCAGAUUAUGUGUAUUUUAAAGUAUAGAACAAACUCAUCCCUGCAAACCAAACAUAUUAACCAAACAUAUGUUUCUUAACAAACUUUGCCUUCCCUGUUAUCCCCAGCUUUCAGAGAGAAUGAAAGUAGUGGACGUGCUGUCUUCUAAAGCUUUCAGCGAUGAAGAACAGAUCAUCACUCAGGUAUUGUUUUCUCCAUCUUCUAUUCUAUUGUAUUCAAUAUGAUCUUGCCAAGUAAUUGCACUUCUUCCGAGUAUUUAUUUCAUUCUAAUGUACAGUGCAUUAUGAAAGUAUUCAGACCCCAUGUAUUUUUCCACAUUUUGUUACGUUAAAGCCUUAUUCUAAAAUGGAUGAAAUUGUUUUUUUCCCCUCAUCAAUAACCCAUAAUGACAAAGCAAAAAAUUGUUUUUUAGACAUUUUUGCUAAUUUUUAAACGGAAAUAUCACAUUUUAAACGGAAAUAUCACAUUUACAUAAGUAUUCAGACCCUUUACUCAGUACUUUGUUGAAGCACCUGUGGCAGCGAUCAUCGCCUUGAGUCUUUCUUGGGUAUGACGCUACAAGCUUGGCACACCUGUAUUUGGGGACUUUCUCCCAUUCUUCUCUGCAGAUCCUCUCAAGCUCUGUCAGGUUGGAUGGGGAGCUUUGCUGCACAGCUAUUUUCAUGUCUCUCCAGAGAUGUUCGAUCAGGUUCAAGUCUGGGCUCUGGCUGGGCCACUCAAGGACAUUCAGAGACUUGUCCCGAAGCCACGCCUGUGUUGUCUUGGCAGUGUGCUUAGGGUUGUUUGUCCUGUUGGAAGGUGAACCUUAGCCCCAGUCUGAGGUCCUGAGUGCUCUGGAGCAGGUUUUCAUCAAGGAUCUCUCUGUACUUUGCUCCAUUCAUCUUUGCCUCGAUCCUGACUACACUCCCAGUCCCUGCCGCUGAAAGACAUCCCCAGAGCAUGAUGCGGCCACAACCAUGUUUCACAGUAGGGAUGGUGCCAUGUUUCCUCCAGGCGUGACACUUGGCAUUCAGGCCAAAGAGUUCAAUCUUGGUUUCAUCAGACCAGAGAAUCUUGUUUCUCAUGGUCUGAGAGUCUUUAUGUGUCUUUUGGCCAACUCCAAGCAGGUUGUCGUGCCUUUUACUGAGGAAUGGCUUCUGUCUGGCCACUCUACCAUUAAAGCCUGAUUGGUGGUAUGCUGCAGAGAUGGUUGUCCUUCUGGUAGGUUCUCCCAUCUCCACAGAGGAACUCUGGAGCUCUGUCAGAGUGACCAUUGGGUUCUUGGUGACCUCCCUGACCAAGGCCCUUCUCCCCCGAUUGCUCAGUUUGGCUGGGCAGCCAGCUCUAGGAAGAGUCUUGGUGGUUCCAAACUUUUUCCAUUUAAGAAUGAUGGAGGCCACUGUGUUCUUGAGGUCCUUCAAUGCUGCAGACAUUUUUUGGUAGACUUCCCCAGAUCUUUGCCUCGAUACAAUCCUCUCGGAACUCUACGGACAAUUCCUUCGACCUCAUGGUUUUUGCUCUGACAUACACUUGUCAAUUGUGGGACCUUAUAUAGACAGGUGUGUGCCUUUCAAAAUUAUGUCCAAUCAAUUGAAUUUACCACAGGUGGACUCCAAGUUGUACAUUUACAUUUACAUUUACGUCAUUUAGCAGACGCUCUUAUCCAGAGCGACUUACAAAUUGGUGCAUUCACCCUAUAGCCAGUGGGAUAACCACUUUACAAUUUUUUUUUUUUUUUUUUUUGGGGGGGGGGGGGUAGAAGGAUUACUUUAUCCUAUCCCAGGUAUUCCUUAAAGAGGUGGGGUUUCAAAUGUCUCCGGAAGGUGGUGAGUGACUCCGCUGUCCUGGCGUCGUGAGGGAGCUUGUUUCACCAUUGGGGUGCCAGAGCAGCGAACAGUUUUGACUGGGCUGAGCGGGAACUAUGCUUCCGCAGAGGAAGGGGAGCCAGCAGGCCAGAGGUGGAUGAACGCAAUGCCCUCGUUUGGGUGUAGGGACUGAUCAGAGCCUGAAGGUACGGAGGUGCCGUUCCCCUCACAGCUCCAUUGGCAAGCACCAUGGUCUUGUAACAGAUGCGAGCUUCAACUGGAAGCCAGUGGAGUGUGCGGAGGAGCGGGGUGACGUGAGAGAACUUGGGAAGGUUGAACACCAGACGGGCUGCGGCAUUCUGGAUGAGUUGUAGGGGUUUAAUGGCACAGGCAGGGAGCCCAGCCAACAGCGAGUUGCAGUAAUCCAGACGGGAGAUGACAAGUGCCUGGAUUAGGACCUGUGCCGCUUCCUGUGUAAGGCAGGGUCGUACUCUCCGAAUGUUGUAGAGCAUGAACCUGCAGGAUCGGGUCACCGCCUUGAUGUUAGCGGAGAACGACAGGGUGUUGUCCAGGGUCACGCCAAGGCUCUUCGCACUCUGGGAGGAGGACACAACGGAGUUGUCAACCGUGAUGGCGAGAUCAUGGAACGGGCAGUCCUUCCCCGGGAGGAAGAGCAGCUCCGUCUUGCCAGGGUUCAGCUUGAGGUGGUGAUCCGUCAUCCAUACUGAUAUGUCUGCCAGACAUGCAGAGAUGCGAUUUGCCACCUGGUUAUCAGAAGGGGGAAAGGAGAAGAUUAGUUGUGGAUCGUCAGCGAAGCAAUGAUAGGAGAGGCCAUGUGAGGAUAUGACAGAGCCAAGUGACUUGGUGUAUAGGGAGAAUAGGAGAGGGCCUAGAACUGAGCCCUGGGGGACACCAGUGGUGAGAGCACGUGGUGCGGAGACAGCUUCUCGCCACGCCACUUGGUAGGAGCGACCGGUCAGGUAGGACGCAAUCCAAGAGUGAGCUGCGCCGGAGAUGCCCAGCUCGGAGAGGGUGGAGAGGAGGAUCUGAUGGUUCACAGUAUCAAAGGCAGCAGACAGGUCUAGAAGGACAAGAGCAGAGGAGAGAGAGUUAGCUUUAGCAGUGCGGAGAGCCUCUGUGACACAGAGAAGAGCAGUCUCAGUUGAAUGACCAGUCCUGAAACCUGACUGGUUUGGAUCAAGAAGGUCAUUCUGAGAGAGAUAGCAAGAGAGUUGGCUAAAGACGGCACGCUCAAUAGUUUUGGAAAGAAAAGAAAGAAGGGAUACUGGUCUGUAGUUGUUGACAUCAGUGGGAUCGAGUGUUGGUUUUUUGAGAAGGGGUGCAACUCUCGCUCUCUUGAAGACGGAAGGGACAUAGCCAGCGGUCAAGGAUGAGUUGAUCAGCGAGGUGAGGUAGGGGAGAAGGUCACCGGAGAUGGUCUGGAGAAGAGAGGAGGGGAUGGGGUCAAGCGGGCAGGUUGUUGGGCGGCCUGCAGUCACAAGUCGCAAGAUUUUAUCUGGAGAGAGAGGGGAGAAAGAAGUCAAAGCACAGGGUAGGGCAGUGUGAGCAGGACCAGCAGUGUCAUUAGACUUAACAAACGAGGAUCGGAUGUCGUCAACCUUCUUUUCAAAGUGGUUGACGAAGUCAUCCACAGAGAGGGAGGGAGGGAGGGGGGGGGGGGGGGGGGGGGGGAUUCAGCAGGGAGGAGAAUUUGGCAAAGAGCUUCCUAGGGUUAGAGGCAGAUGCUUGGAAUUUAGAGUGGUAGAAAGUGGCCUUAGCAGCAGAAACAGAUGAAGAAAAUGUAGUGAGGAGGGAGUGAAAAGAUGCCAGGUCGGCAGGGAGUUUAGUUUUCUUCCAUUUCCGCUCAGCUGCCCGGAGCUCUGUUCUGUGAGCUCGCAAUGAGUCAUCAAGCCACGGAGCUGGAGGGGAGGACCGAGCCGGCCGGGAGGAUAGGGGACACAGAGAGUCAAAGGAUGCAGAAAGGGAGGAGAGGAGGGUUGAGGAGGCAGAAUCAGGAGAUUGGAGGGAGAAGGAUUGAGCAGAGGGAAGAGAUGAUAGGAUGGAAGAGGAGAGAGUAGUGGGAGAGAGAGAGCGAAGGUUGCGGCGGCGCAUUACUCCAAGCAGGUUGUCGUGCCUUUUACUGAGGAAUGGCUUCUGUCUGGCCACUCUACCAUUAAAGCCUGAUUGGUGGUAUGCUGCAGAGAUGGUUGUCCUUCUGGUAGGUUCUCCCAUCUCCACAGAGGAACUCUGGAGCUCUGUCAGAGUGACCAUUGGGUUCUUGGUGACCUCCCUGACCAAGGCCCUUCUCCCCCGAUUGCUCAGUUUGGCUGGGCAGCCAGCUCUAGGAAGAGUCUUGGUGGUUCCAAACUUUUUCCAUUUAAGAAUGAUGGAGGCCACUGUGUUCUUGAGGUCCUUCAAUGCUGCAGACAUUUUUUGGUAGACUUCCCCAGAUCUUUGCCUCGAUACAAUCCUCUCGGAACUCUACGGACAAUUCCUUCGACCUCAUGGUUUUUGCUCUGACAUACACUUGUCAAUUGUGGGACCUUAUAUAGACAGGUGUGUGCCUUUCAAAAUUAUGUCCAAUCAAUUGAAUUUACCACAGGUGGACUCCAAGUUGUACAUUUACAUUUACGUCAUUUAGCAGACGCUCUUAUCCAGAGCGACUUACAAAUUGGUGCAUUCACCCUAUAGCCAGUGGGAUAACCACUUUACAAUUGUUUUUUUUUUUUUUUUUGGGGGGGGGGUAGAAGGAUUACUUUAUCCUAUCCCAGGUAUUCCUUAAAGAGGUGGGGUUUCAAAUGUCUCCGGAAGGUGGUGAGUGACUCCGCUGUCCUGGCGUCGUGAGGGAGCUUGUUUCACCAUUGGGGUGCCAGAGCAGCGAACAGUUUUGACUGGGCUGAGCGGGAACUAUGCUUCCGCAGAGGAAGGGGAGCCAGCAGGCCAGAGGUGGAUGAACGCAAUGCCCUCGUUUGGGUGUAGGGACUGAUCAGAGCCUGAAGGUACGGAGGUGCCGUUCCCCUCACAGCUCCAUUGGCAAGCACCAUGGUCUUGUAACAGAUGCGAGCUUCAACUGGAAGCCAGUGGAGUGUGCGGAGGAGCGGGGUGACGUGAGAGAACUUGGGAAGGUUGAACACCAGACGGGCUGCGGCAUUCUGGAUGAGUUGUAGGGGUUUAAUGGCACAGGCAGGGAGCCCAGCCAACAGCGAGUUGCAGUAAUCCAGACGGGAGAUGACAAGUGCCUGGAUUAGGACCUGUGCCGCUUCCUGUGUAAGGCAGGGUCGUACUCUCCGAAUGUUGUAGAGCAUGAACCUGCAGGAUCGGGUCACCGCCUUGAUGUUAGCGGAGAACGACAGGGUGUUGUCCAGGGUCACGCCAAGGCUCUUCGCACUCUGGGAGGAGGACACAACGGAGUUGUCAACCGUGAUGGCGAGAUCAUGGAACGGGCAGUCCCUCCCCGGGAGGAAGAGCAGCUCCGUCUUGCCAGGGUUCAGCUUGAGGUGGUGAUCCGUCAUCCAUACUGAUAUGUCUGCCAGACAUGCAGAGAUGCGAUUCGCCACCUGGUUAUCAGAAGGGGGAAAGGAGAAGAUUAGUUGUGGAUCGUCAGCGAAGCAAUGAUAGGAGAGGCCAUGUGAGGAUAUGACAGAGCCAAGUGACUUGGUGUAUAGGGAGAAUAGGAGAGGGCCUAGAACUGAGCCCUGGGGGACACCAGUGGUGAGAGCACGUGGUGCGGAGACAGCUUCUCGCCACGCCACUUGGUAGGAGCGACCGGUCAGGUAGGACGCAAUCCAAGAGUGAGCCGCGCCGGAGAUGCCCAGCUCGGAGAGGGUGGAGAGGAGGAUCUGAUGGUUCACAGUAUCAAAGGCAGCAGACAGGUCUAGAAGGACAAGAGCAGAGGAGAGAGAGUUAGCUUUAGCAGUGCGGAGAGCCUCUGUGACACAGAGAAGAGCAGUCUCAGUUGAAUGACCAGUCCUGAAACCUGACUGGUUUGGAUCAAGAAGGUCAUUCUGAGAGAGAUAGCAAGAGAGUUGGCUAAAGACGGCACGCUCAAUAGUUUUGGAAAGAAAAGAAGGAAGGGAUACUGGUCUGUAGUUGUUGACAUCAUUAGGAUCGAGUGUUGGUUUUUUGAGAAGGGGUGCAACUCUCGCUCUCUUGAAGACGGAAGGGACAUAGCCAGCGGUCAAGGAUGAGUUGAUCAGCGAGGUGAGGUAGGGGAGAAGGUCACCGGAGAUGGUCUGGAGAAGAGAGGAGGGGAUGGGGUCAAGCGGGCAGGUUGUUGGGCGGCCUGCAGUCACAAGUCGCAAGAUUUUAUCUGGAGAGAGAGGGGAGAAAGAAGUCAAAGCACAGGGUAGGGCAGUGUGAGCAGGACCAGCAGUGUCAUUAGACUUAACAAACGAGGAUCGGAUGUCGUCAACCUUCUUUUCAAAGUGGUUGACGAAGUCAUCCACAGAGAGGGAGGGGGGGGGGGGGGGGGGGGAUUCAGCAGGGAGGAGAAUUUGGCAAAGAGCUUCCUAGGGUUAGAGGCAGAUGCUUGGAAUUUAGAGUGGUAGAAAGUGGCCUUAGCAGCAGAAACAGAUUAAGAAAAUGUAGAGAGGAGGGAGUGAAAAGAUGCCAGGUCGGCAGGGAGUUUAGUUUUCUUCCAUUUCCGCUCAGCUGCCCGGAGCUCUGUUCUGUGAGCUCGCAAUGAGUCAUCAAGCCACGGAGCUGGAGGGGAGGACCGAGCCGGCCGGGAGGAUAGGGGACACAGAGAGUCAAAGGAUGCAGAAAGGGAGGAGAGGAGGGUUGAGGAGGCAGAAUCAGGAGAUUGGAGGGAGAAGGAUUGAGCAGAGGGAAGAGAUGAUAGGAUGGAAGAGGAGAGAGUAGUGGGAGAGAGAGAGCUAAGGUUGCGGCGGCGCAUUACCAUCGGUGUAGGGGCAGAGUGAGUAGUGUUGGAGGAGAGCGAGAGAGAAAAGGAUACAAAGUAGUGGUCGGAGACAUGUAGGGGAGUUGCAGUGAGAUUAGUGGAAGAGCAGCAUCUAGUAAAGAUGAGGUCAAGCGUAUUGCCUGCCUUGUGAGUAGGGGGGGACGGUGAGAGGGUGAGGUCAAAAGAGGAGAGGAGUGGAAAGAAGGAGGCAGAGAGAAAUUAGUCAAAUGUAGACGUAGGGAGGUUGAAAUCCCCCAAAACUGUGAGGGGUGAGCCAUCCUCAGGAAAGGAACUUAUCAAGGCGUCAAGCUCAUUGAUGAACUCUCCAAGGGAACCUGGAGGGCGAUAGAUGACAAGGAUAUUAAGCUUAAAUGGGCUAGUGACUGUGACAGCAUGGAAUUCAAAUGAGGAGAUAGACAGAUGGGUUAGGGGAAAAAUUGAGAAUGACCACUUGGGAGAGAUGAGGAUUCCUGUGCCACCACCCCUCUGACCAGAUGCUCUCGGGGUAUGCGAGAACACAUGGUCAGACGAGGAGAGAGCAGUAGGAGUAGCAGUGUUUUCAGUGGUAAUCCAUGUUUCCGUCAGCGCCAGGAAGUCGAGGGACUGGAGGGUAGCAUAGGCUGGGAUGAAGUCAGCCUUGUUGGCAGCAGAACGGCAGUUCCAGAGGCUGCCUGAGACCUGGAACUCCAGGUGUGUGGUGCGUGCAGGGACCACCAGGUUGGAGAGGCAGCAGCCACGCGGUGUGAGGCGUUUGUGUAGCCUGUGCGGAGAGGAGAGAACAGGGAUAGGCAGAGGCAUAGUUGACAGGCUGUAGCAAAUGGCUACAAUAAUGCAGAGGAGAUCGGAAUGAAAUGAACUAAACAUCUGGGAAAGGAGAGAGCGGGCCUCCCUCACCACAAACUCCCAAAUAUAACUCUCCCAACUUCCACCUCAGAAACUAUAAUUGUUUCACUGAAACACCCGAAUAAAACUCUCCCAACUUCCACUUUAGAAAUUAGAAUUGUUGUAAACUACAGCGGUUCAAUGUUUCAAGGAAUAGACUCAACUUACUUUAUUCAGCUAGCUAACUAUGACGCCAUAGCUAACUAGCAUGCUAGCAUCCAAUAACACACGGUUUAGCACCAAUACUUGGUUACCACAAUCUACCAAUAGUGUGUUAACACACUAAACAGAUAAUUCGUGUCCGUGUCUAGUUCCUUUCAUAACGCAGCAAUAAUUAAGCGUUGGCUAGCUAGCACAAAUAUAUUGUAUUUAGCUGCUACAGUACUGCUAGCUAGCAAUGGCUGCUGUGUUGACUUUGUUUGAAAAACGGCGUCGCUGCGAACGAAUGUAGCUGGCUAAAAUUAUAUUGUAUUUAGUUGCUAUAGUACUGCUAGCUGGUAGCGUUGGCUAGCUAGGAAUGGCUGCGGUGAUGACUUUGUUUGAAAAACGGCGUCGCUGCGAACGAAUGUAGCUGGCUAAAAUGAUAUUGUAUUUAGUAGCUACAGUACUGCUAGCUAGCAAUGGCUGCAGUGUUGACUUUGUUUGAGAAACGGCGUCGCUGCGAACGAGUGUAGCUGGCUAGCUAACCUCGAUAGUUACUCUAUACUACACCUUUAUCUUUGAUACAAAUACAACUAUGUAGCUAGCCAACAUUACACUAAUCAAAUCGUUCCAUUCUAAUGUAAUGUGUCAUAUUACCUGCGGAGCGAAGUACAGCAUGACUACUCACCUCGCCUACCGGAACCUGUAGAAACAUCUCAAGAAUGAUCAACGGAAACAGGAUGCUCCUGAACUCAAUUUCGAGUCUCAUAGCAAAGGGGCUGAAUACUUAUAUGAAUAAGGUAUUUCUGUUUUUUUGUUUUUAAUACAUUUGUAAAAAUUUCUAAAAACCUGUUUUCGCUUCGUCAUUAUGGGGUAUUGUGUGUAGAUUGCUGAGGAAAUUGUUUUAUUUAAUCCAUUUUAGAAUAAGGCUGUAACGUAACAGAAUGUGGAAAAAGUAAAGGGGUCUGAAUACUUUCCGACGGCACUGUAUUGUUUAUUUGCUAUUUUAAAUACUGUAAUGUAUGUUUUGUUGCAGGGUGAUCAAGCAGAUUGUUUUUAUAUAGUUGAAUCUGGUCAAGUUAGAAUCACAAUGAAGAGAAGCAGGGUAAGUUUGUGCCUCUUAGCCAUAUCGUACAUAGACAUUUUGUUAAGACGGAUUUGUGGGAUUUUAUGUUUGUGUUUAUGUUGCUCUCUUAUGUCUUCUCUCUAGACGAAAAAAGACAGAGAGGAUGAGGAGGUGGAUAUAGCCACGUGCUCUAGAGGGCAGUACUUUGGAGAACUGGCUCUGGUCACGAACAAACCCAGAGCUGCUUCAGCUUAUGCUGUGGGAAGUGUUAAAUGUUUAGGUAUACUGCCUUUAUUAUGUGGGCUGUGUCUCAAAUCCUUAUAUACUCCUCCGUCCUUGUCCUAAUUGUUUCUCAAAGGUCAUUAGAGGAGUCUCCUCCAAUUCAGUUUGAGAGGAAUUGAAGAAACAAGGAAACUGUUUAGAGUCAUCCCUUCCUGUGUCUUACACCUCUCCUCUUGUGUUUACCAGUUAUGGACGUCCAGGCGUUUGAGAGGUUGCUGGGCCCCUGCAUGGACAUCAUGAAGAGAAACAUUGCAAAUUACGAACAGCAGCUGGUCACGUUGUUUGGAAAUAGCACCACUGACAUUGAGGAGAAAACCCAAUGA